UUAUCUUAUCUCCGAUAGAACGACCAAUCAACGACGAAAGUUUUCACGUGAGCAUCGUGCUAUCGGGAAUACUAUGAAAAAUAUCGUGACGUUGCCAACAUCGGAGAAAGAAAAUUAUCGUUACGUUUCUAACGUUCGUUAUAACGAUCGACCUGAUAACGAAGGAGAGAACGAAGAUCAAGAUCAAGACGACGAUCACGACGACGAUCACGACGAUCGUGAUGGCGACGAUGAUUCGAAAUAUUAUUCGUUGACCAUUGCCAACGACGAAAGGUUUAAUAAUCGCGAUCAAGAAGACAUUUGGAAUACUCCGAAAGAAACCGACGUAUUUUUCUCCGACGGCGAUAUCACAGACGUCAAAGAAUUUUUGGACGAUAUUAAAAGAAAAAUGAACAACGGGGAUUACGAUAAAUAUUUCGGUAGUGGUUACAGACAAGGUAGAAGAAGGAAGUUGACCAGUCAACAGCAAGGUGUCCUAUUGGUCGAGACACUCAGAAAGAAAAGAAAUCAGAGCGACACCGAUGAUUAUCGGGGACAUACCGCUUCGAAUCUUCAAAGCGGCAUCAUGGAUAUGUUGGGCAGAAUGAUACCACAAACUUGCAAAUACAAGGGGACGAAAUUCGAGUGUGGAUUGAGUAUCAGUUGCGUCUUGGCCGGCGGUAGACCGGUCGAUUUGUGUUCCGGUGGAUUGAUUUGGAGUUGUUGCGUCGACGAUGACGAUAUCCCGGAGAAAAUACCAAGACCGAGCGUUGGAUUGCUUCAGAAUGCGACAUUUUCGAUAAAUCUGGCGCAUCAGCAGCCGUACGUUGAGGACAACGUACAGAUCUAUGGUAGCAGUUUGAGACCUAGCAAACCCACGUACUCGGAAGACGUCCAUAGACCAAGUUAUUCCUACGUCGUGAACAAUCCAAGCAAACCUAGUUGGCAACACCACCAACAUCAGUCUCAGCAUCACCAUCAUCAACAACAACAACAACAACAACAACAACCACAACUACAACCACAGCAGCACGAUCACGAUCGUCCAGGUUACGUGACACGUCCUACAAUUUAUCGUCCACCAACGGUUCAAUUCGAUUAUCCGCAGGACGAGUACGAUUCGUCUUAUCAUCCUUCUAACACUGGGAUCCAUGUGCCAAUCGACGAUGUCACCAACUCGUUGGAUUAUUCACAAUAUCGUGGCUGCGGCGAACUUUAUACGAGAAGCAAUAGGAUCGUUGGCGGGCACAGUUCGAGUUUUGGGAGUCAUCCAUGGCAGGCUGCCAUCAUAAAGUCGGGAUUCCUGACGAAGAAAUUAUCCUGCGGUGGUGCUCUGUUGAACAACAGAUGGGUCGUAACGGCAGCUCACUGUGUUGCAACGACACCAAACAACAAUUUGAAAGUUCGACUAGGUGAGUGGGACGUGAGAGACGCCUCGGAACGUUUGCUUCACGAAGAAUUUAACAUCGAAAGGAAGGAGGUUCAUCCACAAUAUUCACCGACGGAUUUCCGUAACGACGUAGCUUUGGUCAAAUUGUCGAGGACCGUAGCGUUUAAGCAGCACAUCGUACCAGUUUGCCUGCCGGCUAGAAAUCUAAAGUUAUCAGGUCGAACGGCAACCGUUGCCGGAUGGGGAAGAACUCGUCACGGUCAGAGUUCAGCACCUUCGGUCUUGCAAGAGGUCGACGUAGAGGUGAUACCUAACGAAAGAUGUCAAAGGUGGUUCAGAGCGGCUGGUAGACGCGAAACCAUACACGACGUAUUUCUAUGCGCUGGUUACAAAGAAGGCGGUAGAGAUUCUUGUCAAGGUGAUUCCGGUGGACCAUUGACCAUGUCCGUCGAAGGCAGACACGUGUUGAUCGGUUUAGUUUCAUGGGGUAUUGGUUGUGGACGUGAACACUUGCCAGGUGUAUAUACUAAUAUUCAGAAGUUCGUGCCGUGGAUAGACAAAGUUAUGAGUUGAGAUUUCAUAUGAAGACACGUUCUGUUGUUCCUUUUGGAAAUAAGAGAGAGAGAGA